AAAGAAAUUGUUAUCACAGUCAAUGCUUUUACUCCACCUAGAAGUUUUACUCAAUUUUGAUCAGAUUUGAUUUUGAGCAAUGUGUCAAUCGAGAGUUCACUCACCACUCAGCACUUUCUGUUACAUCUUUCAUAUUUUAUCCAGGAGUUUAGUUUGGGGCUGUGACUCAGUGUUGUUCAGAGAGCACAAGGGGGGAAAUAAUUACUUUUUGUUUUUGUUUAAAGUUAUAUACACUAUGUAAACUCUUGUACAGGAUGUUAGAUCAUUAUGUUACAUCAUUAUAACUAUGCUAUAUUUAGAAUCUGUUAUAUAGUUUCAGACCUUGAUGCUAACCACUGUGUCCUUCCUUGUUAAGCCUCAUGCGGGUGUGUUAUGGUUUAAGCUUGUACCAGGGCUUUGUUGUAUAUGGUAACUGGGGGACAGAAGUAUAACAAGGGAUGAAAAGGAAGGUCGCCCACAGAUUCAGCUUCUGGUUUUGUGAGCUGUGCUUGUUGAGGGAGACAGAAGCUGUAUGAGCACCAGUCAAACUCCAUCUGCGGGCAGACUGACAACUCUCAGGGAUGCUGCCGCUGGAGACCCUCACCCCCGGCCCCGCGGUGGUGGACACGGUGUCCGGAGUCACCGCUCUUCUGAUUAUUCUUCUCCUGCUGCUGCUCUUUACAGCCUGGAGUCGAACAAACCCGUCACACAUACCAGGUCCUGCUUUCCUGGCAGGACUCGGCCCUAUUCUCUCCUACUCCAGGUUCAUCUGGACCGGGAUUGGAACGGCAAGCAACUACUACAACAACAAAUAUGGCAGCAUCGUGCGGGUGUGGAUCAACGGCGAGGAGACCCUCAUUUUAAGCAGGUCGUCAGCAGUGUAUCACAUUAUGAGGAGCCCCCACUACACGGCCAGGUUUGGGAGCAAAAAAGGGCUGCAGUGCAUCGGGAUGGAAGGGAGGGGCAUCAUUUUCAACAAUGAUGUUCAACUCUGGAAAAAAUUGAGGACGUACUUCUCUAAAGCCCUGACAGGCCCCACCCUCCAGGGGACCGUGGCGAUCUGUGUGAGCUCCACUGCCAAACACCUGGACGGCCUGCAGAACAUGACUGACUCCUCCGGCCAUGUGGACACUCUCAAUCUGCUCCGAGCCAUAGUGGUGGACAUCUCCAACAGGGUUUUCCUCAGGGUGCCGAUCAAUGAGAAGGAGUUGCUGAUGAAAAUCCAAAACUACUUUGAGACCUGGCAGACGGUUCUAAUAAAGCCUGAUAUAUUCUUCAAGAUUGGAUGGCUCUACAAUAAGCAUAAGAGAGCAGCGCAAGAGCUGCAGGAUGUGAUGGAAAGCCUCCUGGAAAUGAAAAGACAGAUUAUUCAUGAAAGUGAGAAGUUGGAUGAGGAUCUUGACUUUGCAACAGAGCUCAUCUUUGCCCAGAACCAAGGUGAGCUCUCGGCAGAUAACGUCAGGCAGUGCGUGUUGGAGAUGGUGAUCGCAGGACCCGACACACUUUCCAUCAGCCUCUUCUUCAUGCUGAUCCUGCUGAAACAGAACCCAGAGGUGGAGCUGAGGAUAGUGGAGGAGAUGAACACUGUCUCCAAUGAGAAAGGGGCUGAAAACAUUCACAGUCAAAGCUUGAACGUGCUGGAGAGUUUCAUCAACGAGUCUUUGAGGUUUCAUCCUGUGGUUGAUUUCACCAUGAGAAAAGCUCUGGAGGACGACGUCAUCGAAGGCACUAAAAUCAGAAAGGGAACCAACAUCAUUCUCAACAUGGGUCUCAUGCACAAGACGGAAUUCUUCCCCAAACCCAGAGAGUUCAGCCUCUUGAACUUUGACAAAACUGUGCCCAGUCGUUUCUUUCAGCCCUUCGGCUGCGGGCCUCGCUCCUGCGUGGGCAAACGCAUCUCCAUGGUGAUGAUGAAGGCCAUCCUGAUCACCCUGUUGUCUCGGUACACAGUGUGUCCUCGUCAUGGCUGCACCCUCAGCAGCAUCAGGCAGACCAACGACCUGUCACAGCAUCCGGUGGACGACGAGCACAGCCUGGCCAUGCGUUUCAUCCCCCGGACCAGGCAUAUUGACGACAAAAGUGAAGGAUUUAGGCCUGCCGAGCUGUGAAUGUGCUCUUAAACACCAAUCCUGUGUAUUUCUACAUGUUCUUAGAUCCUUACAUUUGUGAGUCACAGCAGAUGUUAGAUCUACUUUGAUCUAACUGAGCCAAAUCUCUAAGAAAACAUAGGUUGUGCUAAAGGAACCCAUAAUUAAUAGAGGUACAUGGUUAUAUUUUUCUUUUUUAAUUGAAAUGUGUUUUUUAUAUUUUGUGUAAGCUUUCAUUUCCGAUAAUCAAAUAAAACUAAAGUUAAAUACCUGCUCUCCUGAAGCAAAUAUUAAUGUAUGAGAGAAAAGGCUAUAAGAAAAAUAUUUGCACUUUUAAUAAUAUCCUUCUUUUCCUCAUGUUCAGCAUAUUAAAAUCUGUAUUGAAUGAACAA